GUACGGCAUGACGAGUAUCGCUAAGGAUAGCUUCUCUUUAAGUGCCCUCGGGCACCAAGCGCAAAGCCAGCGCUUAUCUGCUCCGCAUCACUCCAUCUCGUGCGUCAGCCGGGAUGCGCGGCAGAAUGUGUUCAUCACAGAGCACCACAUCAAGCCCAACAGACUAGGCCGGGAAUCGCCCAAGGUGGACACGGUCAACUUGCCGUCUACCUUAGACACAAAUCUGGCUACGACCACGGGCCUUGGCUAUGGUGGCAGGUCAGACUUCACCGCUCAGAAGGUGGAUCCAGAAAGCAUCCCAACCAACGAUGCCAUGAACCUCUUGCCAGAUGGCCAGCAGUUCAAGUACAAGCGAGAGCCAAAGAUUGUAAUCGGUACCGAGCCUCGCUUCAGCUUGAAGGAGUCCACCUUGCUAAAGACCCACAAGGCGGCCUUCUUUGGCCGAAGCUCGCCGGGGCCCGCGGCUGUGGGCGACCAGUUUGGUCCGAAGUUCGAGGCUACGAAAGCACGGAUGGCUCCAGCCUUUCCAUUUGCGCACAAGACCAAGCUCGUAUGGCCUGGAGUCUACAAUAACCCACCCGAGGUUGGACCUGGCACCUUUGAACGGAAGGAUUCGUCCAUUGGCCCGCAACAUCUCAGCCGGCGGCGGAAUCAUUCCACGUAUUCCUUCUCCAAGCAGCCGAAAUUCGGCCGCGAAGCUAAGCCCGAUGACAUGAUUUCCAAGUAUGACGCAGCGCGCAGCUGCAUGGGCAAGCAGGUGCUCCACAAAAACCGGAGUGCGCCCAGCGUUGGUUUCAAUCACGACACGCGCGACAUGAGAUCCAAAACCAAGCUUUGCAUCACGAAGCUGGAUGAGGGACCCCGCGCAAACUUCACGAAGAUGCACUUGCCCAUGCCGCGGCUACCAAUGGAGAAGACGAACUAUCUACAGGCCCUGGAGCAGAUCAACAAGCACCUGGAGUACUGGGAUGAUGCAAUGAUCAACCGCUGCAAGCAGCGAUUGACAAAGAUGCGGCAGAUGCUGAUCCGGAUGCGAAAGCUGGCGCUGAAAGGCGGAAGCAAGUUGGUGCCCAUCAAAAAGAAGACCGAAAGAAGAGAAGCGACUCGAGAGCUGAAGGCCGAGGCAGCCGCAAAAGUGGACUUGGCCAUCGAGAGAGAGCUCUUGGAGCGCCUUAAGCAGGGCACCUACGGUGACAUCUACAACUUCCCCAAGAAGCAGUUUGACAGCAUCAUGGAGAAGGAUGGAGAGGUCGAGAAGGAGCUGCAGGAAGGAGACGAGAGCGACAUGGAGUUUGUGGAGGACUUUGGGGAGGAUGAUGAGGAGGAGUGGGAAGACCUUGAUGACAAGGUGGAAGAAGUGGAGCUCGAGGAUGACUUGGGCAUGGGAGACAUGGAGGACGUGGCGCUGCCGGCCCGGAAGAAGAGGCGAGCCAAAGGUCCGCGGGUGGAGCUGGAGUACGAAGAGGAGUUGGAUGCAAGGUUAGCGCGGUGCCGACGGAUACAUUUUAAUGCAGUUGCAAAUGACUACAACAUUGUCAACCUCGACAAUGCGACUUUUCCAUUGCUAGUGGGCCGGUCGCUGCCAGCCUUCGUCCGUUUCGAUCGGGAGUACCCCUACGGCGAGAAGGCCGAUGCAUUUAAAUCGAUGGCUUCCGUGGUCGCACGCAGUGGCAGCACCACGCUGAUUGCUUCCGUGGGCGUCUCGACCUAUGGAGAGAAGCAGAACCAAGACAUGGCAAGGAAGUUCGGUUACUUCCCCAAAGACAAAGAAGAGCUGGAAUCCAGCGACAUGGACAAGCUCUUCCCAAAGCUCAUGUAUUUCCCUCCUGGUGAUGUGGAAGGGCAGUUAUACAACGGGAAGGUCACGAAGGCUGCCAUGUUGAAGUUUUUGGGCAUCGAAGAGAAGAGCUGUGACCCCUUGACUGGUUCCUUCUGCAGCGAGGAGCAGAAGAAGCACCUCGAGAAGAUGGCGGGUAAGAGCCAAGAGGAGCUUUCGAAGCUGUUGGAGGCCCUCACCCGGCGAUCGGCACAGACACUGAAGAAGGAAGAGCGCAAGGAAGUGGAUGGACAACUGGCUGUCCUGAAGAAGCUCCUCAAG